ACGCCUUUAUUGAGUGGGCCGGAAUCGUGUGGAGGAGGUGCGCGCACGCCGACGGCGGUGCCUUGCCGCGGCCUCCGGCGUCGCUUUCCCCCAUGGUCAUGGCCAUGCGCCCAUGCCCCCCACGCGCGCGCUUUCGCUCUCACCUCUGCGUCUCGUCUCAUUCUCGCUCCUCGUCUCGGCCGCGAAAGCCAAGAAAGCUGCCGCUCCCCGGCCUAGUCCCCGCUCGCGUCUCUUUCCACGCCGACGCGGCGGCUGUCAUGUGGGAGCACUUCCCGCCCCGGGCCUCCGCCGGGAGCCGCGGCCCCGCGCCGCCCUACCACCACCACCACCACCACCAGCAGCAGCAGCAUGUCGCGCCGCCCGACUACCAGCAGCAGCAUGUCGCGCCGCCCGACUGCCAGCACCAGCAUGCCGCGCCGCACGGCCACCCCGACCCGCUGGCCUCCGUCUGGAUCCGCCGCCUCCACCUCGCUCCCCCCAACCCGCCGCCGCCCCGCGCCAGCCUCGCGCCCCCGCUGUCCCACGACCACGACGCCGUCUCCGCCCGCAGCGCCGGGUUCGGCCCCUUCCGCUGGAGCCCGCGCCCGCCGGCCGCCCCCGGCCCCGCCCCAUGUGGCGGCGGGGGCGGCCCGCCGAUGAUGUCGCCGUUCUUCCGCUCCCCGCCUCAGCCGCUCCCGCCGCUCGCGGACGUCAGGGAGUUCCCGCCCGUCAGGCCUAUGGUCUGGUCUGGCAGCAGCGGCAGCGCGUUCCCCGGGUCGCCGUCGCCGACGGUGCUUGGUGUCAACCCUCACGCAUCCUGGCUACCGACGGCAGCUGCAGGUUCAGCUUAUCCUAACCAUGAUGUGGACAUGAUUCCCAUAAGAACUUCUCAUGAUCUCCAUGUUAGACAACACAGCAUGAUCCCACAAAAUUUUGCAAGGCGCACCCCUAGUUCCAGCAGCGAACACGACGAACCUUUCUCCUAUUGGAACAUGGGGAGGUUCCAGAGAAGCACCACGACUUCGUCGAUCUCGCAGGUUGCUGUUGAACCUGGCAAUUUUGUGAAGAAGAGGAAUGCUGACUCAAACAGUUUGCUCCCUCUCAAGUUCAGAAAGCUGAGUGAGGCUGGAUAAAACCACACCAUGGCGCCACGGGUUCUCCGUCCUCGGGGGGAGGCAUACACAUGCACUUGUCACGCGGCAGUGCUUCGCCACGUAAUGGCUCAAGCAGAUGUCACCAUUUGGUGGCUAUCAUGUAAAGUAAAGUAAGUUUGCUUCAAAAACGUCGCACCCUUUGAGACACCGAUACAUUUGGUGUCGGAUCUCAGCGGUGCUUACCGCUGGGAUGCAUGCAUGUUUUUUGAAUUCAGGGCUAUAUACAGGGUGGUGUGAUGCGCUCUCAUGCUGCUCGCAUACCUCAGAAUAAUGUCUCGCAUACUGAUAAAAGAAAUGAAUAAAUUUGCCAUGAGAAGCUUUAUGUGUUC